GUCACAUUAAAUCACUUAAAAAAAGACCGUUGCGGUACGCUGUUGUUUCAUUUGCACUUCAAGGCUAAUAGUUUAUAAUUAGCGUUUUAGUCGUUGCAUUUAUGUUAACAUAACUGAAUUAGCAGAGGUGUAUAAUGUUAACAGCCUCGUCAUUAAUGCAGGCUAGUAUUUGGCGGCGUGAUUCGUUUCAAAUAGCUUACCGACAACAAACCAGACACCUUGACAGAGCUGACGGUCAGCUGAGUAUGGCAGUUUAAAACAAUUGAAACACGAACUCCAGGCAUGUUAAAAGGCUAAACCCAGACAUAGUCGUGUGUUUAAUCCUGACAUAAACGCUCACAGACCUAACAGGAUGGUGGUUACUAUUGGAGACAGGAGACGCUUAACGAGAUUUAGCUAGUAAGCUAACUAGCUAUCCAUUCUCAGUCCUGGAUGCUACAGGGAAAUAUUUAACAUGGCAACAAAGCCAAGGGGCAAACCAUCCAAAAGUUUCUUUGGAGAUGAUAAGCUUGACAGCUUAUUCAAUGAUCAGAAACUUCCAAUUCAGAGGGGGGCAGCCCGCGGUGGACCGCUGGUUCGAUCUUCUGCUACUAAUAACAUCUUCAGUAUGCUGUCAGAAGAGGUGAAGAGGGACGUUGAGGAAUGUGAGGACUCUGACAUCUCAGCAGCAGAUCCAAAUGAUAUACUGAAGGAUAUGAAGGACAUGGAUGAUAUGGAUGCUGAGCUGUUUGGAUCCAAGAAGAAGCCAAGUUCAGCUCCUGCUAAAACAAUGAUGUACGAUAAUAAAGGGACAAAGAAAGACUCUUCUACCACUGAAACUUACACAAAACCAGUUGAAGAAGAUGAAGAUGAGCCCCUGGCUGAUCUAGAUGACCUACUUCCUGAUGAGACAAAGUCCAAAUCCAAGUCCAGCACACAGCAAUCCAAACCUGGAAAGCCUGCACCAUCUCCUACUGCAUCUCCCAUCCUAGAGACUGAAAAACCUAAGAUUGCGAGGAAGCCUGCCGAUCUUACAUUUGAUGACGACGAGGACGACUUCAUGAAUGCACUUGGACUGGACACAGAUAAAAACAUUUCUAAGAAAAAAGAUAGUGUGCUUUGGCCCAGCAAAGAAAGGGCUGAGCCAUCUCCCAGAGCUCAUACGAGACUUGGUGAGAUUCUGCAAAAUUUGAAUUCACCCCGUCUCCUUGAACGACCUCCGACCGGCGAGUUGAAGGACGAGGCACCGCCUCAAGAGGAGCAACAGCGGGAGAAGACUUCGGAUGGGAAAGAGCCAUUUUUAGACGAUGACCUCACGUUUGGUUCCUAUCAGCCCACCAUGGUGUCCACGCCUGAGGGCCGCCAGUCCCGCAGACAGUCUGUGAGAUUUUCCAUGGAGGAUGUCAGCUUGACUACCCCAGAGAAAAAAACAAAACCUACCACCACCUCCAGACAUCGUAACUCAGCGGACUGGCUAGGCCUUAAGAUGGAUGAUGACGAAACCUUUCUAGAAACGGAUACCAAAGACACCAAGACUACAGCCAAGUCCACAAAGGCCCCUUCUUCUCCUGUACUAGAGAUGAGACCCUCAAUGAGUGGAACUCCUGCUGUAUCUGCUACUAAAAAGGCUGAAGACCUCUCCAUCCCAGCUGAUGAUAUCAAAAAACAUACCAAGCCUGACCUUCCUAAAAGCCAGAAGAGUGGAGCAGAGGAAGAUGACUGGUUAGCAGGAGCGCUGAGCAGGAAGAAGGCCCUGUCAGGGCCUCACUCCGACGCUAAACUAUCCAAGCAGGAAGACUCUCUCGACCCAGAUCAGGAUCAGGAGCCAAUUUUAAGUGAACAAACCACUUCACAACCUCCAAGAGGCAGAGAGAACGCUUUUGCAUCUGUCAAAGAAACAAGCUCUGCUGCUCACUCUGCUCCUGUUGGAGAAAAGAAGACCAAGCAAGAUCCUCCACCUCAGGCUGCUAGUAGUGUUAGCCACUCUGAACCUCAGCCUCAGUCCCAGCACGUACCAUCUAAUGAGGGACUUGCUGUGCCACGAGGUCCCAGUCAGGCUGAAACCUCCCAACAGCUGCCAGUGCUACCACCCAUGUCUGCUAUACUUCCAGACAGUCUGCAGCUGCUUCUACAACAGCAGGUGAUGCAGUCUCAGCUUCUGGGUCUUGGAAGUGUUAUGGACACAGGUGACCUGCAGAGAAGCAACAAAAGAGAGAGGCAACAUGUUGAUUAUGAAGCUUUACAGUCUCGUAUCAUCCAGCUGGAGGGACAGGUGAAGACGCUGCAGUUGGAGCGCGACCAGAGCAAAUCGUUGCUGGAGCUUAUGGACAAUACACACAAAGCUCAUGUGAAGCGGCUUGAGGAAAUGGCAGUCCAGAGGGAGGUACAAGCACGACAGGAGUGUGAAGACCUGAUGGAUCGUCUGGCUUCUGUUACACGGUCGGGAGAGCAAGAACGAUCAGAGCUGCAGGCUCAGCACCAGCGCAGAAUAACUCAGAUCCAGCAGGAGCGGGACCACGAGGUGGAGAGACUCAAAGAUCUCCAGAGAAAAUCAAUCUUAGAGAUGAAGAAAGACCACGAGGACCAGGUCAGGAGACUUAAAAAAUUAAAGGAUGACGAGAUUGAUGCAGUGACGAGUGCAACGUCCCAGACCAGGUCUCUGACGGUGGUCAUCGAGCAGAUGGAGCAGUUUUCCUCUCGGCUUGGAGAUCUUUCGUCUCGGGUGGAGAGCACUCAUGAACACACGACUCAGUGCCUGGAGCAGGGGGCACGGCACAGAGACGAGCAGCUCCGAAUGACGCAGGACCGCCUGGCUCAGAAGCAGAAAGCAAUGGACGAGGAGAGAACAUACCUCAAAGAAAUCAUUUCCAGGAUGGACACUCAGCUCAGUGAGCAGCAGAGACAGCUAGAGAAGGAGCGCUGGAAGAUGACAGCAGAGCAGGCCAAAGCAGAGUCGACCCAGAGGGGUUUGGAAGAAGAGCGGCGUGCUCUCAGCAUGCAGAUCAACAUGGAGAGAGAGGAGCUGGAAAGAGCAAAGAGUGCCCUACUGGAGGAGCAGAAGUCAGUGAUGCAGCACUGUGCUGAUGAGAGGAGGAAGCUGGCAGCAGAGUGGGCUCACUUCCACACGCUGGAGAAGCAGAGACACGAGAGGGCUGAGCGGGACGCCAGCAGCCUGCUAGAGAAGAGAGAGGGCUCCAUCAUCAGUCUGGCACAGGAACAAGCUGACCUGAAGCUUCAAACAGUAGAGCUGAAACAAAAAGAGAUGGCUAUGGCACAAGAAAAGGAGACUCUAGAGAGGCUGAGAGAAGAACUGGAGAGAGAGAAGGAGAGAAUAAGCAGCACAGCUUUGAGACUUAAGACACGAGCCCAGGAGGUGGAGGCCUUUAGUAAGUUGGCAGCAGACAAGCACGACGAAGGAGAACGAGCACUGCAGGAGGCAAAACGCAUCGAGGCUGAGCAUGAGGCAAGGCUGAGAAAUAUCCACAUGCAGACAGAGCGGCUGAGGCAGCAAGAACAACGAAUGCUUCAGGAGAGAAUGAGGUUAAAUCAUCUGCAGAAGGAUUUUGAGACCCCCACUACACAUUUACCACAAAUGAUUUCACCAGUUUUACCAGCUGCAGGUUCAUUCGUGCCAAACCCAGAGCUGACAUCAACCAUAAAUUUUCCUCCUCCUACUUCACUGGCUGAUACUCAGGCCAUGGCUCUUCAGGCCAGUCUGGCUCUGUGGAGGUACACUGCGGAAAAGGACCGUGAAUUCCUUGCGGAGGAGCAGAUCUUCUUGGACAGUUUGAAGAAGAAAUCUUAAAAGGUCAUAUUUCAACACAGGCUGACAAGCACAUUCUGUUGGAUUUACAUGUAUACUUGAAUUUUAUACAGCAUCUUUUCACUUUAUUAAACAUGUUUUAGAGCAAA